UUAUCAUGUUCAGUCUUUGUUGAUACUGGUUUGGCGAUCAGAUCUUCGGAGGCUGUAGUUUGGUGGUGCUGUUGUAUUGAAUACUAUCAUGUUAUACCAUGAUGCGAUUAGGGACAUACAAUUCAACAGCACCACAAACUACAGCCUCCACUAGUCCUGAGUGAAGGGCAGCUGCAGUGAUUCUUUAGAUCCCUGGAGAGUUAAUCAGCCACUGUUUGUUUGUAAAUCCUAUUUUCUAGAAGAACACAUUUAAAGAUUUUCCACUGUCAGCUUCUUAAAUGUUGUAAAUGUUUUCUUGUCUAUAGUGUUUGUGAUAGUUAACUUGAGUUGUUGGGGUUUUGCAUUGGUGGUUUGAUGCUGCUUGACAUUUACAGACACAGGACAUUUCAGUGGGCAUUUGUCACAGUUCUUACGACUUAGACCAAAUUACUUUUUAUCACCAUUACCAUUAUUCAACUAUUAGUUGUAGCCCUAUUUGAUUUUAAAGUGCUCUGUACUGCUUAAUCAGUCAAUACUGUCUGUUUGCUGUAGGACUGAGCUACUGACUACUGACUGAAAUGUAUCAUAUAUCAUAUGAUUCUACCAGCUCUCACUUGCAACUUAUAUCUUCAGUAGUUACAUUACUGUGACUAAUCAUUACUUCCUGUGACAAACAAACACUUGUCCAGAUAGAAUACAUAAUCUAUUUUCAGAGAAAAUAUAAUUUCUUCAGAAAACAUGUUUUGUGGGGCCAACAGUUAAAAAUCCAAAUAUAUUUAUUUAACAACAAUGUAAAAUAUAUAAAAGCAGUAAAUCUUCAUACCAGACAAUAUUUCAUAUUUUACCACCAUAACUGCCUGGAUGAUGAUUUAUUUAUUGUUAUUGUUUAUGUUCAGUAUAAUCAUUUGCUCACUUAAUUUUCUGCUAACUGACCACUGGACCAAUCAGCUGACUUUCUUCAGCACUCCUGAAAUAUAUUUAACUUAUUCAAAGAUGGUUUUAAAGUCUCUCAUAAAAGCUGCUGCAUUGCUUCCUUGCAGGAUGGAGAACUCAGAGACCAGUCCGCCCUCGGGGCCCCUGGCAGAGCCGGACAAAGGUGUAGUGCGACCCUCGGGCCCCCUCGGUCAGCUGUCCGAGUCAGCCAGGCCCUCCAAGCACAGGGAGCACCCGACCAAGUCACCAAGGAGACGGCGGGAAGGGAAGAGGCCGCAGCGACGGGGGGAUGGUCACGAACAGCUGCUCCGUGGGACCGAGCGGCGGUGGUUGCCAGGCCAACCUGAGCACUUGGAGCCCUCCGGGUCAGCGAGCGACACAGCGGAAAGCUCACCUAAGAGGAGAGCCCACUUUCUACAUGGACCGUAUCCAGCCACUCACUUCGGACCCAAAGCCUGUAUUCUUCCCAACCCGACUUCAGUCAUGCACAUCCAGGACCCGGCCAGCCAGAGGCUCACCUGGAAUAAACCCCCGGUCAACGUUCUCGUUAUCAGGAAGAUCCGAGAUGAGAGCUUGGUCGAGCCUUUCAAAGAGCUCUGCAGAUUUCUAGUGGAGCGUGUCUCUGUGUAUCAGGAGAAGCAGAUGAUGGUGUACGUGGAGCGCAGGGUCGCAGACGACGCUACGCUGUCAAAGGACGAGGCCUUCGGGUCCAUACGCAACCAGCUCUGCACCUUCAGGGAGGGUUACGAUGAUAUCUCCGACUGCAUCGACCUGAUCAUCUGUCUGGGUGGAGACGGGACUCUGCUUUACGCCUCCUCUCUUUUCCAGGGCAGCGUCCCUCCAGUCAUGGCGUUCCACCUCGGGUCCCUGGGUUUCCUGACCCCCUUCAAGUUUGAGUCGUACAAAACUGAAGUGGACAAAGUAUUUGAAGGCAACGCGGCCAUCACUCUGCGCAGUCGUCUGAAAGUCAAGGUGGUGAAGGACCUGCUCCAGAGAGCAGGCCAGCAGCCAUACAGCCAAGAGCAGCAGCAGCAGCAGGAGCAGCAACAUGAGCACAAUGGACUCCUUCCUCACGGACACACCAACAGCGAGGCUGGCAAGGUCACCCUGCAGCUACAGGUGUUGAAUGAGGUGGUGGUUGAUCGAGGUCCAUCCUCGUACCUGUCUAACGUCGACUUGUACCUCAAUGGACGACUCAUCACCUCCGUGCAGGGAGACGGUGUGAUUGUGUCCACGCCGACGGGCAGCACGGCGUACGCGGCCGCAGCAGGCGCCUCGAUGAUCCACCCCAAUGUACCGGCCAUCAUGGUCACGCCCAUCUGCCCUCACUCGCUCUCCUUCAGGCCCAUUGUCGUCCCUGCGGGGGUGGAGCUCAUGAUCACUCUGUCUCCAGACGCCAGGAACACGGCCUGGGUGUCGUUCGACGGCAGGAAGAGACAGGAGAUCCAACAUGGAGACUGCAUCAAGAUCACCACAUCCUGUUACCCGGUGCCGUCCAUCUGUUGUCACGACCUGGUGUACGACUGGUUCGAGAGCCUGGCUCAGUGUCUGCACUGGAACGUGCGCAAGCGGCAGGCGCGACUGGCGGACAUCUCGGACUCAUCCGACACGGAGAACUGAAGCAGAACGAGGGUGGGGGCGCUUCGACCGGCCCCGAGUUAAAGACGUUCAGCCCGACGCCCUCCGCAGCCGCUGAGUGAGUGAAAAUGAGGCGGUCAUGACUGAAACACCAGACUGUGACAUGUGAGAGCACAGCAGCGUUACAUUAGUCCUAAGAAUAGCAUGUUCAGCGAGAAGACUGUGUGUACAGUAUUUCAUACACAGAAUCGUCAUUUCACCACAUUCCAGUAAACAAACAGGGAGAAAAGCAUGUCUCCCUCCUAGAAAUAAAGAAAAAUUACUAUUGUUGCUUUAACGAUGAUGUAAUCCUUUGAUGUGAACGACGAGGAUAGGAGCUCUUCGUCCUUCUUCAUUCAUCUGAAAGCUUUUUUUUUUUUUUUUUGGACUUGAAUUACAUUGCAUCAUCACCGUGACGAUCGGUGUUCACGCUGACGUGACUUUGAGAGGUCAGAGGUGGAGAAACACAAAUUAUACUAAAGGAUGGUCGACUCUGAACUUUAAUGUAAAUUUGUACAUACAGGAUGGUAGAAUUAAUUUAUUAUAUUAUGUCAUGUUUAUGUGAUAUUUAUGUUUUCAGGAUGGGAGAUUGUAAAAGUGAUACAUUUCACAUUUAUUUCAGAUAAUGGGCCAAUUCUUUUCAGUUCUUCACAACAUGUGCUCUACGUGUCCUCACUUUUUUUUGUUGUUUCUCUUGUGGCCCAGUUUAAAUUAUUUCAAUAUUGCAUUAAGUGGAACAAAAUCUUACACUAGCUGUCAUUUUCAUGACUGAAUCUAUCAAAUUGUCAAAGUGUGUAGCAGAAGACUGAUGAGAAAAUAAAGCGUCAAAAACUUUC